AUGUCCGUCUCAGCACAAUGGAGCCUCGACGUCACAGCAAACUCCGCCCUCUCCAUUUCCCGCGGCAUCAUCCACGCCGCAACAAGCGACAACAUCCAACCCUUAGCCCUCCUCGCCUGCGAAAAGUUCGGCUGCACAAUCGCCAUGUGCCACGAAACAUGUCGCAAGAUCGAGACCUCCGUCCUCCCAACCGACAAGCCCGCCCCGAUCCAGUUUCUCCUUCAAGGCGUCGUGGGCUAUUCGCGCGACGACUGCGCCACGCAGCUGGGCACGACGGCAUCCGGCGUACAGUUUCUCGGCCUCGCGGCGGCACUCGUGACGACUAUGGGUGCCUUUGAGUCGGCGACUGCGCUGUCGCUCAUGUUGAGGAAUACAACUGCGGAUAAGUCGUUGCUUCCGACGACGAAGCAGUUGAGAGACUUGUUGUCCGUGCUGGAUGCGAGAUUAUCUCGUGCCAGGUUCACCGACUCGAUUUUGGGUUGGCACAGCUAUCUGUACAAACAUCCGGAUGUAGAUGACGCCAGCAGGAAAGUUCUCCAACGUGCAUCGUCGUAUCCUUCUGCGGAGGCGACCGAGAAAUUAGUCUAUGCCUUUCGGCAACUUCAUCGGAUCGGCGACUCCAGUGUCUCCAAGGUCGUCAUCCAUGUGACCUCCUCCUCGCCGUGGGUAAUCGCAUUCACGAGGUGGUGUCUGGGUGCUCCCCCAUCGGUGUACUUGCAAGAUGGCACUCCCAUACUCGAACAACCCGACCUGAGCGUUGAUAUCAUUAUCAACACCGGGCAUUCGGAGAACGGCGAGACCUUUUCGGUAACGAUCUAUCAUGAUAUCGGAGACCCCGAGGAACUUAUCGUUGAGGGCAGCGGUAAACCUUGGGCAGGCAUGACAACAAUCGGAAACUACGGCCAAUGGAUGCUGAAGGAAUAUAACCUCGAUCAAGUCCAAGCUUUCCGUGCCCUCCAGCAAUGUCUUCCGUACGCGGCAAAGGAAUAUCUCGACCGGUGCAGAUUUACUGCGAGCAAGACCAGCCAAGAAACCAUAACCAUGAAUCCCCGACAGCGAGAUGCGAAGGUGGUGAAAACUUAUCGCACGGUUCCUUUCGGGAGUGAUAGUUCGGUGGCGGAGAUGAUCUCCCGUAUGCUAGGUGUGGAAAAGGACGGGGCGAGCUUAGAGCUGGAGAAACUGACACCAGGGACGCGAAUAACCGAUCUGCCUCUGGUAAAGCUGCAUCUCAAGUCUCUAAAGGACAAUUGUUUAUGCCAGGCGUGUGCCCGCACAACCAGCUCGCUUCUAGACAUGGUAACCGGGAGAGGGCCCAUGUGGUGCCUCCGAGAUCAAUUUCUUUACGAUGCAGCCCUUUUCCUCAGCGAUGCCCUCGCGCUAUCCCUAUUCCACUUGUCGGACAAUCUCCUCAUUCGCAUUGAGAAUGGCAGAGACCGUCGUCGCGAUGACUACCACGCGACGGUCUUUUCCGUCUUUACGCGUCAGACUGUCGGUUACGGAAGCAGCGGCUCCGGCCUUAUAAAGCCUUGCAAAAUCGAAUGUCUGCUCGCCUGGGCCCUGACGUUGAUAGGGCACGACGUCGGGACGGAAGUAUCCACGACGCGCUGGGCAAUGUCCUGUUUCAAGGGCCAGGCCGUCUAUCCUACCAUCUUCGACACCCGCCGCGUGAAGAGGAGAGGAUACCUCGCGCUAUCUUGGCUUCCCGGCCUAUUGCAAUUCCAGUCCGAAAAAUACGAGGUUGUUAAGUCGGAGAUCGAGCGACAGAACACUCCGCCACCAUGCGGCAGGGUGCUGCCCUCGAGAGAGGGGAGAUCAGUUCUGCUGCUAUACCUCACCGUUAAUGCCUAA